AUGGCAUCGAUAUCGCUCGUUUGUAUGAUCACUAAAGACUGUGGUCUUAAGGCAAGCACGACAUUACAAGACCAUAAGCCUGUCGCCACAGGUGACCUUCGCCGUUGGUGUCCAUCUGCUGAAGCAAUUUGGACUCGUACUCCUGUUUCUGGCCAUAUCUGGAGGUGUAAACCGAAUCCUGGCCCUGCGUCAUCUUUUGGUGUUAAAACAAGGGGAUUAUCAAUAGCCCACCUAAACGUACGCAGUCUUCUUGGAAAACUGGAUGAGUUGAAGCUAUUGGUAACAUCGACCUCCAAAAGCUUUGAUGUGCUCACCUUAUCUGAGACCUGGUUGAAUAGCUCAAUCUCUGAUGCUGAAAUCCAGGUCCCUGGUUAUACGUGCAUUAGGAAGGACAGACCUGACGGGAAACGUGGCGGCGAUAACAAUUCUCCUAAAAUCGACUAUUCAGCAAGUAAUGUCAUUUUACUUGGUGACUUCAACGUUGAUGUCUCCUCUAAGAAAAAUCCUUUGAAACAACAGCUAAUCAACUYUACUCGCUCUCUGGAUUUCACCCAGCUGAUUAAAGACCCAACACGAGUUACUGAAACAUCAAAAUCUAUGAUUGACCUAAUCCUCGUGAACAAUGAACAUCGUUAUACUGACAGUGGGGUGGUAAAUCCAUCCAUCAGUGAUCAUUUUCUCGUUUACUGCGUUCUUAAAGUAGGUAAACCUAAGGCAAGUCCCAGGACAAUGGAAUACCGUUCUUAUAAGAACUAUGAUCGCGAAGCCUUUCUGAAAGACCUGAAAGACGUUCCUUGGAACUUUGUGGAAGACAGUGACGACGUUGAUGCAUCAGUCCUAACUUGGAAUAAACUAUUUCUCGAUGUGGCUGAUGCUCAUGCUCCUGUCAAGAAACGGCGAAUCAGUGGUAUCCAAUGUCCAUGGAUGACUUCAAAAGUAAAAGAAGCUAUGCACAACCGUGACUUCCAUCAUCGUAAAGCUACAACAACUGGCUCUCGUAACACCGUUAAGAGCGAUAUAAAGCGCGGUAAGUCAAAGUACAUCGACCUGAUCAAAGACAGCAAGGGAAACGGUAACAAUCUGUUGAAAGCAAUCAAUAAAGCUACCUGCAGGAAGCAAGAUCAGGCCUCUAUUCCCAACUGCAUAGUCUCCAAUGGUGUUCAAUAUCUGGAGUCAAAGUCCAUCGUUAACGUAUUGAACAAUCACUUUGCUUCCAUCGGUCAACUUCUUGCAAAGAAAAUCUCCUCUCUUUUUCCUUUCUUCUCACCCAAUAUCACUUCUGACCCAGAUCAAAGUUUCCAUCUAAGUUCAGUUGAUGAAACGUUUGUUCUCAAUCAAUUAAAAUCUCUCAAGACCAACAAGUCGAUUGGAUUGGACAACAUCAGUGCUCGCCUUCUCAAGGAUUCUGCAGAUGUGAUCGCUCAACCAGUUACUAAUCUACUGAACUUAUCUAUCAAGCUCCACUCGUUUCCUUGUAUUUGGAAAUGUGCUAAGGUCAUAGCCCUGUUUAAAACUGGGGAUAGAACUGAUGCCACCAACUAUCGACCCAUCUCUAUUCUUCCGAACUGCAACUCUACGAACACCUAA